AGACAUACAAAAAGUAUAUGAUUUAAGUAAAACUAUACAUACAAAGUAUUUGAAAUUCAAGUAAAAAUGCGGGGUAAGAAAGUAUAAGAACAACCUCCGAAAACCGUGGCCCAUUCUCAUCUCCCAUAGUCCCACACAUUUGAUAGCUCAAAAAAGACACGCAUCAACAUAACUGAAAAUAACUACCUCUCUCUCUCACACACUUACUGUGUGUAACCGUCGCCACCACCACCACCUUUAACACCCCCCCACCCCCCACUUCAACCCCUUUCUUUCCCCUUCAGUUUUCACAUCCACACUAUGAACAACAACACUAAUAUUACCACCGGUCCCACCACCAAUCCACCGGAUUUGCAACUCUACACUGCUUCUCCGGACCCUCACGUCAUUUUCCGGCCAACACUUCACACCUCCGACGACCCAGCAUGGAACGUCCACCCCAUCACCACCAUACAACCCCACCACCAGAACCCGAGAAAGAAGCGGACCAAGAUGAUCCAGUUUCACAACACCAAGCCCAUUGUCACUGGCGGUAACGGUUCUGGACCUUCCGGUACCCAUUCCGGCGUGGUUACAAAGAAGAAACCCGACCCGAGUGCACCGAAGAUCACCCGUCCAUGUACCGAGUGCGGUAAGCGGUUCUGGUCAUGGAAAGCCUUGUUCGGUCACAUGCGUUGCCACCCGGAGAGACCGUGGAGAGGGAUCAACCCGCCGCCGAAUAUCCACCACCCGCCGGUGGAUAACCACCGCGAGUUGGUUGUUACGACAACCGAGGACGACGAGUAUGUGGCGGCAUGCUUGCUGAUGCUGGCCAACACACCAACUGUUCCACAAAAUGUGAAUACAACCACUCAUGCAUCCACCAGUUACCAACAUCAACAUCACUGCGGUUCAAACGACAUGUUUCCGGGCCAGGUUAAUGACCCAGAAAGCCGAUUUGAGUGCUCGAGUUGUAAGAAGGUGUUCGGGUCGCACCAAGCGUUAGGGGGACACAGGGCAAGCCACAAGAAUGUGAAGGGAUGUUUCGCGAAUACGAGAAACGAUGCAGGAACUGGAACUGAAGAACUUGAGUAUGGCGAUUAUUCGAGUCAUUGCGAUAAAAGCGGUGAAGCUUUGAGCAUCAAUCAGCAACACAAAUGCAGCAUUUGUUUGAAGAUAUUUUCAAGUGGACAAGCACUUGGUGGGCACAAAAGGUGUCACCUUGAGAAAGAAGAUGGUGGUGUUGUACCAAUAGCAACAGCAACCGCAACCGCAACGACAUCAGUACUUUCGCAACCAUUUAGGUUCGAUUUGAACUUCCCUGCAUCUCUACAAGAUGAUUCCACAUGUUCAAGUUCAGAUUUGGAUUUAAGAUUACGCUUGUGA